AUGGCUGCCCAAGGAGAAUCCCAAGUCCAGUUCAAACUCUUGUUGGUGGGUGAUGGUGGUACUGGAAAAACGACGUUCGUAAAACAUCAUCUGACUGGCAAAUUCGAGAAGAAGUAUGUAGCCACAUUGGGUGUGGAGGUCCAUCCCCUCGUGUUCCACACCAACAGAAGACCGAUUAAAUUCAAUGUGUGGGAUAUAGCUGACCAAGAAAAGUUUGGGGGACUGAGGAAUGGUUAUUAUGUCCAAGGCCACAAUAAAGUGGGCAUUAAGAACAGGAAACUUAAGGUAAAAUCCAUCAUUUUCCACCAAAAGCAGAAUCUUCAGUACUAUGAUAUUUCUGCCCAAAGUAACUACAAUUUUGAAAAGCCUUUCCUUUGGCUUGCUAGAAAAUUAACUGGAGACCCUAACUUGGAGUUUGUCGCCAUGCCUGCUCUUGCCCCACCAGAAGUUGUCAUGGACCCAGCUUUGGCAGCACAAUAUGAGCAUGAUUUAGAGGUUGCGCAGAGAACUGCUCUCCCGGACGAGGGUGACAAUCUGUGA